CGCGCGCUCGGGCUCGGUCCUUCAGUUGAUCUCUUAGCGGACGGUGAAGGUUACCUGCUUCAACAGUGCUUGAACGGCAACCUUUUAACUGUCUUCAACCACCCCGGGACGCGAGUUAUCGCUUUAGCAUCGCUCACCUUUCCAUCAACAACAUUUCUUCAAAUUUAAGCCACCCGCUCGCUGAUUUAUUCUAAGCACUUCUACAGACGUAGCUAAUAGCUAGCCAAGUGUUUGUUUUGCUAAUACGCAAGAAGCUUAUCGACCUGCUCACGGAAAGACCUGCCGCGACAACCUGAACAAUGACUUCACAGGUGAGACAGAAUUUCCACCAGGACUGUGAGGCUGCCAUCAACAGGCAGAUCAACCUGGAGCUGUAUGCCUCUUACGUCUAUCUGUCUAUGUCGUACUACUUCGACCGUGAUGACCUGGCAUUGCCCAACUUUGCCAAGUUCUUCCUCAAUCAGUCACAUGAGGAACGUGAGCAUGCUGAGAAACUAAUGAAACUUCAGAACCAGAGGGGAGGAAGAAUCUUCCUACAAGAUGUCAGGAAACCAGAGAGGGAUGAGUGGGGCAGUGGCGUUGAGGCUCUUGAUUGUGCCCUGCAGUUGGAGAAGAGCGUGAACCAGUCGCUGCUGGACUGCCACAAGCUCUGUGCUGAUCACAACGACCCACAUUUGUGUGAUUUCAUUGAGACUCACUACUUGGAUGAGCAGGUGAAGUCAAUCAAGCAACUGGCAGAUUGGGUAACCAACCUGCGCCGCAUGGGAGCUCCUCAGAACGGACUGGCUGAGUACCUGUUUGACAAACAUACCCUGGGCAAAGAAAGCAGCUAAAUAUCUUCAGCUUCAAUAUACAAACUCUUGUUUAAAUUCAUAUUUGUGUCUUUAUUCCAAAAAUUUCAAAGACUUAAGCCAUUUGCAUGAUGUUAGUACUGGCUAGUAAUUUAAACCGCCCUUUACUGAGAUGUUUUCACCCACACUAUGCUUUACACGUAAACCCCUGCCAGCUGUAUUCAAAGCUCACUCUUGUAUCUUGUGCUUGGCUUUAUUUGCUGUGUUUUAUCCCAGGUGUUAAACAAACUUAAUAAAUAAAACCUCUGGAUUCUGA